AUGUUGAACAAGCUCAGCCUCCUUGCCGUUGGUGCCGCUCUGGCCCAGCUCACCUCUGCCGUGGGCAACGCGCGUGUCAAGAACAACUGCCCCUUUGCCGUGACUGCUUGGUCGGUCGGCAGCGACAUCUCGGAUCCUCACACCCUGAGCACUGGCAAGUCCUACGGCGAGCCUUUCAGCCGUGACCCCAAGACCGGCGGCCGGGCAAUUAAGGUGACGAUCGAUCCCGAUGGCCUGUGGACUGGCAAGCCGCAGACCAUCUACGCCUACAACCUGGAUGGCAACACGGUCUGGUACGACUUGAGCGAUGUAUUUGGAGACGCUUUCAAGGGCCACAAGCUCAAGGUGGCGUCUGCCGACCCGGCCUGCCCCUCGAUCGUUUGGGAGGACGGUGUGCCCCCGGCUGGCAGCCAGGUGAAGAACUGCGGUUCCGGAGCUGAUGUCACUCUGACUCUUUGUGCAUGA